CUCCGGCGGGCCCCCCCUGCGGAAGAUGUUGCUCUCCAAGUUCGGCUCGCUCGCCCACAUCUGCAGCCCCGCCAGCAUGGAUCACUUGCCGGUGAAGAUCCUGCAGCCAGGUACGGCGCGGCGGCAACUUGCUUUAGCGAGGGGUUCUUCUUUGGGCAGCGGCGGCUUCGGCACGGUGUACGCGGGCAGCAGGAUCGCCGACGGCUUGCCGGUCGCCGUGAAGCAUGUGGUGAAGGAGCGGGUCACCGAGUGGGGCACCAUUGGCGGCGUCAUGGUGCCCUUGGAGAUCGUGCUGCUGAAGAAGGUGGGCUCCGGCUUCAGGGGGGUCAUCAAGCUGCUGGACUGGUACGAGCGGCCCGACGGCUACCUCAUCAUCAUGGAGCGGCCCGAGCUCGUGAAGGACCUCUUCGACUUCAUCACCGAGAAGGGCGCACUCGACGAGGAGACGGCGCGCGGCUUCUUCCGGCAGGUGCUGGAGGCCGUGCGCCACUGCUACGGCUGCGGCGUCGUGCACCGCGACAUCAAGGACGAGAACCUGCUCGUGGACCUGCGCACGGGCGAGCUCAAGCUCAUCGACUUCGGCUCGGGCGCGCUCCUCAAGGACACGGUCUACACCGACUUCGACGGAACAAGAGUAUAUAGCCCUCCAGAGUGGAUCAGAUACCACAGAUACCAUGGGAGGUCAGCGACAGUGUGGUCUCUGGGAGUUCUCCUGUAUGAUAUGGUUUGUGGAGAUAUCCCUUUCGAACAGGAUGAAGAAAUCUUGAGGGGUCGAUUAUAUUUCAGGAGAAGAAUUUCACCUGAAUGUCAACAGCUGAUCAAAUGGUGCCUUUCUUUGAGGCCUUCAGACAGACCGACACUUGAGCAAAUUUUUGACCAUCAAUGGAUGCACAAAUCCGAAGUAGUGAAGUCUGAGGACUGUGACAUAAGGCUACGGACCCUUGAUACUGAUGUAUCUAGCACAAGUUCAAGUAAUGAGAGUCUGUGAAUUACUAAGGACUUCGCACUGGGAGGGGAGCUACAAGCAGAAAGACCACAGUGCUGCUGCCAAUACGUAGGAGGGGCUAGAAAAAUGCAUUCAUUAUUCUGUAGUUGAAUCUUUGUCUGAGGGACUUGAUUUUAUUUUCCCCUUUUGCUGGUUUCUGCUUUGGAAUGAGAGAUUUCCUUUGGAAACGCUGAUAUUUGGGAGUUGCAGGCCAGUACUUAGUCAAAGACUGACCUUACUAAGAAAGCAGUGACCUCUUGAAUACAUGGUAAACUUUUUUGCUCUCAUAGAGCCUGGACUAGAUUUUAUUUGCUUUUGAGUGCCUUUUUGAAAGCUGCUUCAGUGGGACUUUCUUUUUUGAGCUGUGUAUGUCCAAAGAAGAUCCAGUUCAUUAUAGGAAUUUGCUUCCAUUAGACUUAAGUGCUGAAGGAAGCGGCUCCUAUGAUGCAUUGGAGAAUGUGUUCGGUGACUGAAUGAAGUAGUCCCAUCCACUGGUGAUGGAAUACUUGAACACAGACAUUUCACUCCUGCCCCCCCGCCCUUUCCAAAUCCAACCCACCUCUGCUGCUCAAAAUAUUUCGUAUAGCCUGCACAGAAAUACGAACAGGUAUAUCGGCUUUUUUAUCAGAAACAUUUAUUCAUGUUUCCUUUUAUCAUCUCUACCACUGGGCAUGAGAAGCCCCUUUCUCAACUCCCCCUGGCCUUUUGUCACCCUGCGAGUCUUAAGUAUGUAUGGGCAUGUUGAAUGCACAAUCAAUGCAAUAUUCAAGGACUUACUUUUUUCCAUACCUGUAUAAUGUGUUUAUGUAAACUUGGUUUUCCCGUGUACUAUACAGUUAUUUAUUGUUUGAAGUUUAGAAGACCUCCCACAGGUUUCAGCUGUGGCUAUUUAUUUGGUUAAUUUAUUUGGUUAGAGUUACUCAACACUGUGCUUUCCCCCCUCCUCUUCUCCAUGGGAAUUCUAGUGGUUUACCCAUGGCACUUUUUUUUCUGCAUUCCUGUCAACUUUUGUUUAAGAAAAGACGACAAAAAAUCUGACCUUAUCAAUUUUUUUGGAAGACAGAAAAUUGUUGUACAAAGUCUAAUUUAAGGGAAAUAGAAUGACUUUUUAAAGUUAGUCAGUAUGCCUUUUGUCUGGUAUUAUUGUACCAGAAAUGUAAAGUAAUGCUGUUUGGAAGGGUUUUAAAUUAUUGACAUUGUACAGUCUCCGUGCAUUGGCUCUGGAAGGUAGAGUGGCAGAGUCAUAAACCUUAAUUUAUUUUAAUAGCUGUGUUUCUGUGAUCUGGUUGCAUUUAUGCAGCUUGGAUUUGAAUUUUUUUCUUCUGUUUAACAGUGUGAAAUGUAUGGAGAU